AUGUCGUGGUCAGAUGAAAACCCGGGCCGGCGUUUCAACCGUCGUGAGAUCCACAGAUUUGUCAUCUGGGCAGACAAAGAAGAACCAUCAAACUGGCAGAAGGUUAGUUUACUGGAGGCAAGAAAUCAAAUCAGGCGUUACAAACGUGAAACAUCGGAUUUGCGAUCUACUUUAGCGGAAAUCAACGCUAUGAUAGAGUCGUUGCGGUCGUCUACAGAAAGAAACGAUGAUGUGGAAAUACGGCCAUGUGAAAAUCAAAUGUUUGAGAUUUGGAAUGGGGCAAAGAAAACAAUGCGCACCAUGUUCAUUAUCAUGUGGGUUCUGAUGCUAAUUACAACAUCAGUGAUCAUUAUCAGUAUUUACAAAUAA